AUGAGCCGGAAGCGCCGCCAUCGCGACGUCUCGCCACCGCGGCUGUGGUCCUGGGACGAGAAGCUCGGAGCGCUGCGAGUCUACCGUGACCGCUUUGGCACGUGCGAGGUUGCGCCAACGUACACGGUACCAUGCGGCAACAGCGACUGGCCGUCGGUGAUGGGCGGGAUGGACCUCGCGCACGCCGUCGAGAGCUUUCGCACGGCGCCGACGCUGCCGCCAUCGACGCUGGACGUGCUUAUUGAGAUGGGCUUUCCGUGGCGACCAGGCGGCGGCGCGUCGCCCUGCGUGACGCACGUCAAGCGCCGCGGCGGGUACCUCCGCGUCGUCGCCUUUGACGACCAGAUCGACGCCCUCGACAUGUACCGCCACCUCUACGGCCGGCGCGCGAUCGCGCCCAUGUUCCUCGUGCCGCACAAGCACGCCAACUGGCCACGAGCCAUGUGGGACGUUGAGCUUGCUCGGGUGCCCGAGAUGCUGGCCAAGCACGCGGUCGAGCUCUCGGACAAGCAGCUCACGCGGCUGCACAGUCUCAUGUUCCUGCGCCAGAUCCCGCCGUGGCCUGCGCUCACGCAGCUCUUGACCGAGUGCGAUCGCGACGUCCCGAUCGACUUUGUCGUACCGUACGGGUGUCGACACGCCGGCACGCCGCUCGGGGACCUCGCGUGGCAACUGCACCGCCGGCAACCGCAGCUGGCACGACACCGCCAGGCGUGGCUCACAACAGCGCACGUCUCGACGUCGUUCGACCGCAUCGACGAGGCGCUGCGACACUACCACACGUCACAUCCUGCCGAGCCAUUGCCAUCGACCAUUGUCGUGCGUCGACGCGGGUGGCCGCCAGCUCUGCGAGGCCUCCGCCUUGGCUACUGGACCAUGCGCUUGCUGGCGAUGCACCGCGCGCUUGUGCUCGAUGCUAGCAUCCUGGCGGCGCUGUCGCCGUUUCUGACGUCGCCGCCGCGGGACCUCUCGGGCGUGGGCAGCGACAUUGACUUGACCAUCAGCGAUCUCGACGACGACCAGAGUGCGACGCAGAGCGAUGGCGAGUUUAGCAUGGGGCCCGCGACUCGACGGCCACAAGCUGUCACGUCCUACGCCGACAACGAGGCGCUUCGCAGCGACGACGAUGCCGAUGAGAUCGCGACAAGUUGUCUGCUGUCGCCAGCCGAGAGUCCUGUGCCUGUCCGGUCGCCCGACGACACGGAAACCUGCUCCGAGGACGACAUGGACAUGGGCUUGGCUUUUGAUGCUGACGAGACAGAAGACGACGAAGCACCGACACCGGCGCCGACGGUCCUUCCGAGCCAUCCACUGCCGUCGACGUCGGUCGUUGCCGCCGAGAAGCAUGUGUCACUAUCGACACCGUCGCUGGUGGAUCAACCGUGGUGGGCCAAGCAGCGUCGACCGCCGCUACCGCUUGCCUUGCGGCCAAAGUCGUUGUCGACACCGACGGCCGCGACCAAGACAUUGGCGACUGGCACCGAUCCUUGUCCAGAGCCUUGGCCUCAUUCGGCGUGCAAGUCAGGUGCCAGUACAACGACGGACACACGCGCACCGGUACCGCGAGCCGUCGUGCCACGGACAGUUGCAUGGAGCAAAGAGUAUGAGAUCGAAGAGCUCGGGAUCGACCCCUCGCUCAAGGUGGGACAACAAGGCAACAGCAUCCCCCCGGCAACACCCUCCCUCGCAGGGCGACAACCGCUGCUACAGGCGCAGGUGACUACUUGCACGCCACUCGCAGCCAAGACACUUUCGGUGGCGUCGCCCUCGCAGCUUCAAGCGACCGUCAAGGAUGAAGCUCCGGCGCAAAUGCUCGCAUUCCCACCGUCGACAACUGCCUCGGUCAAUGCCUCUGCGGGUAUCGUGCUGCGUCAGCACGAGCCCGCGCUUGCCACUCAACACGACCGCCUCGUACCUGAACACACGUCCGGAAAGCCCGUUGGUCCGUGGGCGCCAAAGUCCGAGCCUUCGACACCGCAACCUUCGCUUGUCGGUGAAGUGCUUGCUUCUGCCGUCAUCGCGCCUGCGACUGCCACCGACGACGCGACGAUCAAGCGCGACGUUGCAUCAGACGAGCUGCGAAUGUACUCCAAGUGGGAUCGGCGGCUGUUGGCACUCCAGGUCUACCAUCAGCUGCACGGGCAUGUACUAGUGCCAAGCGAUUUUGUCGUACCGGCGGGCGUCGCCACGUGGCCACCGGCAUUUGCUGGCUUCACGCUCGGUGCUGCCGUCGAGAUGAUUCGGGCGGCGUCCGACCGCUUGCAACCCGUGCACCGGUACCGUCUGGACGUCAUUGGGUUCGUUUGGGACGCCUCAGUUGCUGCCUUGUGGCGAGACGUCCUCCACGUACUCAAGCGCUGGACCCUUCGCCGCACAGGCCGGCAAAUCACCGACGUUGACAUUGUCGAUGCGCCGGCCAGUCUCUCGGGCGGUCCGAUCGGGAGGUACCUCACGCGACUCGACGUCGACGCCGUCUUGUCGUCGCCGGCGUACGCGGCGCCACUGCUCCGACUCCAGUACGACGUCGGCGCUCGGUGGCGCGCCAAGCUUCUCGCGCUACAGACGUACCAGGAACGCUUCUACCACCUUCACGUCCCAGCGUCCUUCCGCGUCCCCAGUUGCCCGCGAUGGGACGCGUCGCUCUGGGAUCUACCGCUCGGCCUCAUUGUCAUGUGGCUGCGGGACAUUGGAGCGGCUGCCAUGGCCCCCGAGAAGGCCACAGCGCUCCACGACCUCGGAUUCGAGUGGGCGUCGGUGGACUUUGAGCUGCUUGCGGACGCUGCGCGCCUCGUGCCGGCGUCGUCCGUGCCACCGUCGUUGGUGCUACCGUCUUCGCCACACGUCCCGGACGAGCUACGGGGCUACCCGCUCGGCCUCGUCGUUGCCAAGCGCCGCGCCUACAUGGAGCGCAUGACGCUGGCGUAUCACGCCUCGGUGUCGCUCUUGGUCGGCCGUCCUGCGGACCCGCGGCCAGAUGAAGUUGUCUUUGACAUGUCGCUCAUCCUCUCGACGCUCAUGCAGUAUGCGAGCUUCCACGGCUCGACGGCGGUGCCGCUGUUGUUUACGCUGCCUGCCGACUCGGACGUGUGGCUCGACGGCGCGCGGGAGAUGCCGCUCGGGUUCUUUGUCGCAUUUCUCCACGACUCGUUUGACGAGCUCGAUGAGCUCGUGCAGAGUCUGCUCCAGGACCACGCCGUCAAAGUCGAAGCAGACGUACUCUCGCCCAACAGCUUCGCUGUCGACGUCAAACCCGCCUACUAA